AUGAGAGUUUCUUCGAUUCCGAUCAACAGGACGGUGGUGGAGCGAGGAGAGCUGGUUCGUGAUAACGGUGAAAUCAGUCAAAAAAUCGGGAGCUUGACGGCGGAGAUCGAGGAGUUAAGAGGAGCCGAAUCUAAGGCGAAGCGUAAGAUGGGUGAGAUGGAGCGAGAGAUUGAUAAAUCCGAUGAGGAGAGGAAGGUUUUGGAAGCCAUAGCCGCGAGAGCAUUUGAGCUCGAGACCGAAGUUGCACGGUUGAAUCAAGAACUGGUAACGGCAGUGACGGAAGGGGAAGAGGCUACGGCGGAGGCGAAGAAGCUCCGGUCUGCGAUUUCACAUAAAGGAGAUGGGGCUUAUAAUUAG